AGAUUUGAGACUAGAAAGCAGAGAGACUUUCCUCUGGUGCGCGAAAUCGAGAGUUUGUCUUCUCUAUUAUUCACGUACACCCUGUUUCUCUCUCUCUCAUCGUUAUUUUUUUUUAUUUCUCUCUUUCUCUCUCUUUCUGUGUAUACUUAUAUUUAGGGGACUUGUAUAGUUUUAUGUCUAAUGUGCAUCGGCAAGGGAUUUUGCAGCUCGAUCUGUAAGUUGUUUUAAUCAAUUUUUUUUGCACGAAUUUUCGGUUGAAUUUUUUCAUCUGAUGCAUUGAAUUACAGCAGAAAUUUGGGGUGAAUUUGAAAGCCCUAGAUCUUACUUGAUUCGCAGUUUGAUUGGAUCGAGUAGGGCGAUUUUGGUUUGACGAAGUGGGUUUUGUAAUUGGAUCUGGAAAAAUUACUAGCUAGAAUUUGAUAGGGUUUUAAUUUUGGUAGCGGUGAAUUUCUUUUUAUUGUUUUAGUGAGAAGUAUUCUCUACGGUUUGAGUUGAUGGCUUCGAAUCCUCCAUUCCAAGUGGAGGAUCAGACUGAUGAGGAUUUCUUUGAUAAGUUGGUGAAUGAUGAUGACGAUGACGUUGAUCUUAAGGUCACUGCCACGUCAUCGUUGGCUUCCACGGCCUCAGGGCCUGUUUUCACAGAUGGGGAGGAGUCUGACGAGGUUAAGGGCUUUGCGAAUUUGAGUCUAAAUGAGGCAGAUGAUAGUGAUAAGAAUGAUAAAAAGAUGGGAAUAGAUGAUUUGGGUGGGAAAUUAGAGAGUGAGCCGAAUGGCGUGGUUAAUGAAGUUGUUGAGAUUGAUGCUAAAGGGGAGGGUGUAGUGGAGGAGAGUAAUGGUGUUUUGGAAUCAUCGAGUUCAUUUGAGUUUGCAGGUGUAGUUGAGGAAAAUAAUGAAAAUGUAGGUACUGAGGUUUUGUCUGAUGCGACCACCUCUAGUAAGAGUGGCGGAUCUGGAGCUUUGGGUGUGAAGGAGGUGCAAUGGAGUGCCUUUAAUACCAAACAGGCUCAGAAUGAUAGUAAUGGGUUUGGAUCCUACUCAGAUUUUUUCACCGAGUUGGGAGAGAAUGCUGGCGAUUCAAGUGCCAAUAUGGUGAACAGUUUUGAUAAUGAGAUAAAGGGUAUAUCUGCCAAUGAAAAACAUGAAUCUGCAUAUUUGGAUAGCUCAAAUUAUGGGGAUUUUCAAGAUAGUUAUAAUUAUGGUACAGCUGCACAUAAAAGUAUAGAGGGGCAGGAUCUAAAUAGCAGUCAAUACUGGGAAAACCAAUAUCCUGGGUGGAAGUUUGAUCCAACUACUGGUCAGUGGUAUCAGGUGGAUGGCUACAAUGCGGGUGUAAAUAUGCAGGGAACUGCAGACUCUAACCCAGCUGGUGAUUGGACUGCUUUUGAUGGAAAGACUGAGGUUUCUUACUUGCAGAACACUGCUCAGUCUGUUGCUGGAACGGUAGCUGAGAGUGGUACGACUGAGAGCGUCACCAACUGGAAUCAAACAUCAUAUCUCAAUGAUGCUACUGGGGCUGAAUCAAAUUGGAAUCAGGUGUCUCACGUGAGCAGUACGGGUGGAACUACAUCAGAGUGGAAUCAAGGAUCACAAGUAAAAAACGAGUACCCAUCACAUAUGGUGUUUGAUCCUCAAUACCCUGGUUGGUACUAUGAUACAAAUGCCCAAGAGUGGCGAUUGUUGGAUGCAUAUGUUUCAUCUUCUCAAUCAACUACUGGAGCUCAAGAUCAGCAUAAGCAGAAUGUGUCUAUGACAGAUACUCUCUCUCAGUACGACGAUCAGAAGACAUUUGAUACAUAUAAACAGAAUGUCUCUAUGACAGAUACUUUCUCUCAGUAUGACAAUCAGAAGACAUUUGAUACAUAUAAGCAAAACCUGAAUUAUACUUCAGAAGGAUUUGCUGCCCAAAGCCAAGAUUACAACUGGGCUGGAUCAUUUGGUCAUUUCAACCAUCAAAAUUCAAAUAUGUGGCAGCAUGGAACUGCUGUUAAUCCUGAAUCCAGUACAGGUUAUGGGCAAAACCAACAAUUGAAGAACCAUUAUGGCGCAAAUGUUUUGGGAAACAACCGUGUUAAUCAACAGAACUCUAGCAAUUAUGGGGGAACAAUUCCUUAUCAUGAGAGAGGAAGUCAAAGUCAGAAAGAGUUUUCAGCAGUUGGUGGCUCAAAAAACUUUGGUCAUGCGCCUAAUUUUAGUCAGCAAUUUUAUCAGCCAAGUAUUGAGCAAAGUGAACAGAAGCAUGUCUCUGAUGAGUAUUUUGCCAAUCAGAAUUCAGUUAAUUUCCCCCAGCAACAGUUUAACGGUACCCAUCAAUUCUCUUAUGCUCCGACCGCUGGAAGGUCAUCUGCUGGCCGUCCUCCACAUGCAUUGGUUACUUUUGGUUUUGGCGGGAAACUUAUUGUGACAAAAGGAACUGAUUCUAUUGGAGGCUCAUCUUAUGGAAGCCAGAAUCCUGUAGGAAGCUCCAUAUCCAUUCUUAACUUGAUGGAAGUAGUAAAUGAGAAAGAUGGUGCUUCAGUCCAUGGAUUUGGUGUUUCUGAUUACUUUCGUUCUCUCUGUCAACACUCCAUCUCUGGUCCACUUCAUGGUGGGGGUGGUGGUAUCAAGGAGUUAAACAAAUGGAUUGAUGAGAGAGUUGGGAUCUCUGAUGCAUCUGAUUUGGACUCCAAAAAAGGGGAAGCUUUGAGGCUGCUUCUGUCUUUGCUAAAGAUUGCCUGUCAGCAUUAUGGAAAACUACGUUCUCCUUUUGGUGCCGAUACAUUGUCAAAGGAGAAUGAUACUCCAGAAGCAGCAGUUGCAAACCUUUUUGCAUCUGCCAAAAAGCUCGGUGCUCAAUUCAGUAAUUAUGGUGCGAUUGCCCAUUGCUUGCAAAAUUUGCCUUCCGAAGGGCAAAUGCGGGCCACUGCUUCUGAGGUUCAAAGUCUCUUGGUUUCUGGGAGAAAAAAAGAGGCCCUGCAUUGUGCGCAAGAGGGUCAGUUAUGGGGUCCAGCCCUUAUUCUUGCUGCACAGCUUGGAGAUCAGUUUUAUGCUGAGACAGUGAAGCAAAUGGCACUUCGGCAAUUAGUGGCUGGCUCACCUUUGCGGACCUUGUGCCUGCUAAUUGCUGGACAACCAGCAGCUGUUUUUUCCACAGAUGACUCAGCUUAUAGCAGCAUGCCUGGUGCUGUAAAUAUAGCUCAACAACCUGCACAGUUUGCUGCUAAGGGCAUGUUGGACGACUGGGAAGAGAACUUAGCUGUUAUAACUGCCAAUAGGACAAAAGAUGAUGAACUUGUGCUUAUUCAUCUUGGAGAUUCUCUGUGGAAGGAAAAGAGUGAUGUUGUUGCUGCACACAUAUGUUAUUUAGUUGCUGAAACAAGCUUCGAGCCAUACUCAGAAAAGGCUAGGCUGUGUCUUGUUGGUGCAGACCAUUUGAAAUAUCCCCGAACAUAUGCUAGUCCAGAGGCUAUUCAGAGGACAGAGAUAUAUGAGUACUCAAAGGUACUUGGAAACUCUCAGUUUAUCCUUGACCCUUUUCAACCAUAUAAGCUCGCAUAUGCACACAUGUUGGCUGAAGUUGGGAGGAUAUCAGAUGCGUUAAAGUACUGUCAAGCAGUUUUAAAAUCACUCAAAACUAGUCGUGCUCCUGAGGUAGAGACAUUGAGACAAUUGGCGUCAUCUCUCGAGGAACGUAUAAGAAGUUACCAACAGGGAGGGUUUUCCACAAACUUGGCCACAACAAAAUUGGUGGGAAAAUUGCUCAACCUCUUCGAUUCUACUGCCCAUCGCGUUGUGGGGGGUAUGCCGCCUCCUGUUCCUCAUGCACCAGGUGGCAGUAUGCAAAGUCCGGAGUACAAUCAACAGAUUGGACCUAGAGUCUCUACAAGUCAAUCAACAAUGGCAAUUUCUUCAUUGAUCCCUUCAGGAUCAAUGGAGCCCACAAGUGAAUGGGCAAGUGAUAGUAAUAGGAGGACAAUGCAUAACAGAAGUGUUUCAGAGCCUGACUUUGGAAGAAGUCCCAGACAGGAUCAGGUUGAUUCGUCAAAGGGAAGGAGUUUGUCCAAUGGACAAGGUGAAACAGCAGGUGGAGUUACAUCCCGGUUCAGUCGUUUUGGUUUUGGUUCGCAGCUUCUUCAGAAGACUGUAGGUUUAGUCUUAAGACCGCGACAAGGCCGCCAAGCGAAGCUGGGUGAUACAAAUAAAUUUUAUUACGAUGAAAAACUUAAGAGAUGGGUAGAGGAAGGUGCUGAACCUCCGCCAGAGGAAACUGCCCUGCCUCCCCCGCCAACUGCAGCUUUUCAGAAUGGGACAUCUGACUACAACCUCAAGACUGCACUAAAAAGUGAAGGUUCGCUUGGCAAUGGAAGCCCAGAAUUCAAAAGCCCAACUUUGGACCAAGGUCCAGGAAUUCCACCGCUUCCACCCACCUCCAAUCAAUUCUCUGCACGUGCUCGGAUGGGUGUUCGGUCAAGGUAUGUCGACACCUUCAACAAGGGUGGUGGGAACCAAACAAAUUUGUUCCAAUCCCCUUCUAUUUCUUCCACUAGACCUGCUGCCAGUGCCAAUGCAAAGUUCUUUGUUCCCACACCAGUAUCCUCCGUUGAGGAUACAUUUGACAACAGUUCUGAGAACACUCAAGAUACUACAAUUAGUAAUGAGAUACCAUCAAGCUCGGCUGUAAAUGAUACAUUCCAUUCCCCUGCACCAUCAUCCUCCAUGAAUAUGCAGAGAUUUGGAAGCAUGGGCAGCAUCUCUACCAAAGUGAGAAGUGCCAAUGGAUCCUUCUCAGCUCCUUCACGGCGCACAGCAUCAUGGAGUGGAAGUUUGGAAGGAAACUCCAGUCCUCCUCAGAGGGCUGCAGUGAAACCUCUAGGAGAGGUAUUAGGCAUGCCGCCAUCGUCAUUUAUGCCGAGCGGUUCCUUGAUGCACUCAUCAGCAAGUGGUGGCAGUUUUGGGGAUGAGCUUCAUGAAGUCGAACUCUGAUGCAACAAGGAUGUACAUAAUGCGUUUUGCUGCUUCAGCCACUACGUCGCACAGCCUUGCUGAAAAUGUUUUCCCGAAUGGCAGUGAGCUAUAUUGAAAGCCCAUACGGAGAAUCAAAUAAUUUUCUUUUUCCUCGCAGUUCAUACUGAAAACCCUCGAAAAGCUCCUCGUUGUAUGUCAAAAAGCAUUUGGGUAUGUCAGCUGUUUACCAUAGUUUAGACAUAGGUUAUAUUAUCUCGUGGAAUCUGGUAUCUUAGGAGCUGGUGUUCUUAUAAAAUUUCAAAGAAAUUGCAAGAGCACACCACUGUACAGUCAUUUGUUCAUUUAUUCAAGAGCCCCUUGAAGAAGCAAGAAGUGAACUUCUCAAGGGAAAAGGAUAGUGUAUUAAGUUGACAAUAAGGUGCUUUCUUGUUAGUCAA